UGUGUUCAAGGACCGCCAGGCCAGACGGGGACACCAGGAACUCCCGGUACACCUGGAACCCCAGGAACGCCUGGACCACCCGGGCCACCAGGAGGGUGUUCACGUCGAUGGAAGCAGUGUGCUUGGACAUACGGGACAGGCAAGGAUGGCAAGGACUCUGGUCUUGUUCACGUAAGGAAAUGCUUGAAGGAAAAACAUGGUCCAUUUCUACUGUCUGCUACACAACCGUUCUUUGUGUCGUCACGCAAUGCUCCUCAGGGAGGAGCGUUGCGUGACGACACAAAGAACGGUUGUGAAGCAGACUAAUCCAUUUCUAACUAAGCUCUUUUCUGUUCGAUUUCAGGAAUGCGACUUUGUCAAGUUAAAGGACAAUACCUACCUCCGCGUUGUUUACAUGGGUAACCUGCGGAUAACCGGCUCUACAAACUGUUGUAAGAGGUGGUACUUCACUUUCAACAACAAAGCAUGUGGGAUCCCAGCCGCUAUUGACGGAUCUGUCUACCAAAGCCACAACUUGAAUAUACACAGGCCUACCAACAUAGAGGGCUACUGUGGUGGGAUUGCAAAAGGAAAAGUAAAAGUUGAAUUCAAAAUUAAAGCUGGCGAAUGCGGAGGUGGUUACAACUACUGUGACGCCUGGACCAGCUGGAAUCAGGCCAACAGGAUCAUUAUUGAAGAGGUGGAGCCACCAGUUGCUUAG